UAAAUCUUUUAUUUUCCCUUAAAUAUUUUAUUAUUUGAUUUUUUUUUAAACUUAAAUAUAUUGUUUUUCGGAGUAUUUUUAAACUUUAUAAAAAUCAAAAAUAAAUAUAAAUCUUAGAAAGAAAAUAUAAAAUACUAUUUUAUUCUCAUCUCAAUCAUGUGAUUUUCUGAUGACGGAACCCUCGCAGGAUUAUGAUCUCAAACAAGACCCCACUGAGGAAGUUAUAGAAGUUAGAUCAUACCUAGAAAAACAAAGAAGUUCUAUAGAACCUACGGAAGUCAACAUAAUAAAUUUUGAAACCAAUGAUAUGGCUUUAGGUGGGAAUACAGAAAAACUAGAAGACGAAGCUCUCGGAGAUAAAUUUAGAGAUAAAUCGCGCGAUAAAAUUCACAAAACCUCCGCUCCAACAGAGUCGACCAUUUCUAAAGGAGUAAAUGUAUCGCCGAACAAAAUGAGUAUCUUCGGUUCUAACAGGAAAUCAUCCCACCCUAUGCCAUCAUAUGCAACCCAAAAUCAUACCUCAGAAAAAGUUGGAGAGCCCUCGAGUGGUGGAAUCGCUCAUAGUCUAUCUCUCCUGUCCAGAACAUUUUCGAGGCACGGUUUAAUUUCUAAUAAUAGCAACAUACCUGUCAUUGACAUCGAAACGUCAACGUCCAGUGUCAAUAUUCCUGGCAAAAAAGGGGGGUCAACCUUAACUAAAAACUCUAACGAUAGGUCGUCUUCGAUCAUAGAAGAAUCCACAAUGAAUAAGAACAGUUCAAAUAUAAGCGGUGGUUCCACUGGGGGCUCAAGUCUCCCUAAUCCUAAUAUUAGUUCAGCCCCGAAAAAUUGGUUUCAUAGGUUUAGUACCAGAGAAUGUGAUAGUAAUACUGGCAGCAAACUCGGCAGCCAAUCAGAAAGCGUUUCGAGCGGAGCCGGCGCCAAUAUGAUAAAUAAUAGCUAUUACACCCUGCCCGUUUCUAAUUUGCCGGGAGGAGCCUUAGCCGGGAAGGAGAAGUUCAAAGCGAAUUGGUUCAGCCACUACUUCUCCAACUACAUAAACCAUUUAACCUCUUCCGCGAGCCCCAACGUUCAAGGGAACAAGAAGAAUUCCGACACAGAACAGAGCUCCAAUUAUUUUAACGGACAGUCGUCUCAGUAUUCUUUCCCUUCGCCUCCGCUCGAUAACAGUAACAUGAGUGCCUCGCGAACGAUAGAUGAGGGCAUAUCCUUUUACGGCACCAAAAAAAAUAGUCCCGUCAAAAGGUUAUCUAAAAUACCGCCGGAUUCUCGGAAGAACGCUUCCUCGAAUCAACAACAAGAGACCUCGGGCCCCGCGCCGGAACAAAAUCUCAACGCGCUGUCCAAAUCGGUGCGGCAAAUGGUGAAGGACAAAAGGGACAACAAUAUAACGGACGGUUAUGACGGUCAAAAUUAUUACAAGGAGUUGAGUCAAGCCGAUUUGAACGCUUUUAUCGAAGGCAUCAUUUGCGGGCACGUUCAUCCUGGACAGAUAGGAGCUUUAUUGAUGGCGAUGCGUAUUAACGGUCUCAAUUACAACGAGACGUCGGCUCUCACUAAAGCCAUGUUGAAAGGGUGCAACGAAUUUAAAUGGCCGGAUGAGUGGAGAAAUUUGAUAGUGGACAAAGUUAGCACUAUGGGAGGACUGGGAGACAAAGUGACCCUCAUCUUGGUGCCGGCUCUAUCAGCUUGCGGAUUGAAAGUACCAAAAAUCACGAGACCUAAUUUCGAAAGUCUAAUCGGCCUCUACAGCAUCAACAAUACGAUCAAGAAGUUGGAGUCCAUUCCCGGAUUUUGUGUUAAUUGUGGAUCCUUCAAGAGGAUCGUGGAAAUUCUGGAUUUGGUCGGGUGCUGCAUAUUCACUCCCAACGAACCUUUCAUUGUCUCCGGGCCUAUUCUAGACGUUUUUAAAGACAUCACCGCCACCAACGAUAGCAUACCGCUAAUGGCGGCUACCCUCAUGUCGGAGAAAAAAGCGGAAAAUAUAUCCGCCUUGGUAAUGGACGUUAAAUAUGGUCGCGGGUCUCCGUGCAAAAACAAAGAACAAGCCCUGGAAUUUUCUCGCACUUGCGUUAAAUUGGGCAACGAAUUAGGUAUCAAAACGAGAGCCCUCUUAACUAAGAUGGGCAGACCCUUGGGGAAGUGUAUAGGAGACGCGCUAGAAGUUGGCGAAGCCAUUAGCACUCUAAGAGGGCAAGGUCCUGAAGAUUUAAAUAACCUGGCCUGUGAAUUAGGCGGAAACCUAUUAGUCGCCACCGGAUUGUGCAAUUCCGCGGUUGAAGGUUCCCAUAGAAUGCGGGCUUCCUUGAUAGACGGAACGGCACUGCUCAAAUUUAAAGAAAUGCUAAUGAUUCAAGGAGUCGACGAAAAUUUGGUCAAUAAAUUGACAGACCCCGAGAUAGAUUGCUACAAAAUGCUGAGAUACAACAAGCUACCUUUUAUAACUAGUCUUCAGGUCUCAGAUUCGGGCUACAUCAAAGAUAUGGAUGGUUGUUCGUUAGCUUCCGUUUAUAGCGAUAUAACAUUCAAUAACAAUGUGAAGGGAAGCGUUAUUCAUGGACUGGGAAUUCAAAUAUUGGUUGAUAUUGGAGAGUAUAUUAAUUCUGGUGAUUCAUGGAUAAAAGUAUAUCACGAUACGAUAUCGCUCUCGCCUGUUCACAUGGAUAGGUUGUCGAAUAGCAUAACUCUAUCCCCAAAUAAACCAGAUUUAACCAAUUACAAAAUCAUCACGGAUUUGAUAUGCUAAAUCACCACUGUGUAACCAUUUAAACACGUCAUUUAAUAAAAUAUUAUAUCAAUCAUAAACAUUUAUUUUUCGAAUCCCUUUCAUAGAUUAAAUAUAACGUGAGUUACUCGAUAAUUGUUUAUUCUUUAUUAUAUUCAAUCGAAUAGUAUCGGGAUACUUUUUUAAAAAAUCAUUAUAAUAUUUUGCAUACAAUAUUGAUAAAUUUAUCUGAAUUGUCUUCCUACAUAUAUUUUAUUUUCAGUGAAACGCAGCUA